AAACGGUAUUUUUUCAGACUUUUUUUGAAACGUCACAAUAAAAUUCUUGUCAAAAAAAAUAUGGGCCGUGACUUUUACAAAAUUCUUGGUAUAAACAAAAACGCGUCCGAUGAUGAAAUCAAAAAGGCAUACAGAAAACUCGCCCUCCAGUACCACCCCGACAAAAACAAGUCGCCAGGGGCCGAAGAAAAGUUCAAAGAGAUCGCAGAAGCGUAUGAGGUGUUAUCUGAUAAGAAAAAACGCGAUGUUUAUGACGCGUAUGGUGAGGAGGGGUUGAAAGGGGGCGUGCCGGGAGGGGGGCCCUCGGGGUUCACUUAUACGUUUCAUGGGGACCCGAGGGCUACUUUUGCGCAGUUUUUCGGGAGUGCGGACCCCUUCCAGAAUUUGUUCGAGUUUGAGGAAGGGGGCUUUAGCGACACUUUUACCCUGUUUACGGGGAUGAUCUCCAAGGCUCAGGACCCCCCGAUUGAGUACGAUUUGAAUGUGUGUCUCGAGGAUAUUUUGCACGGGUGUACGAAAAAUAUCAAAAUUUCAAGAAACGUCGUUGAGGGGAAUGGACAGAGAAGAAGGGAGGAAAAAAUGCUAACAAUCAAUAUAAAGCCAGGCUGGAAAGCCGGGACCCGGAUCACAUUCCUGAAGGAAGGCGACAUCUUCCCCAACAAAAUCCCCGCCGACGUCGUCUUCAUCGUCCGUGACAAACCCCACCCGGUGUUCAAACGCGAGGGCUCGGACCUCCGCUACACGGCGUCCAUCUCGCUGAAACAGGCCCUUUGUGGGGGCUUCGUGACCAUCCCCACAUUGAGCGAGAAGACCAUCAGACUGGAAUUGGGCCCCGAGACCAUCAAACCGACCACUUUGAAGCGCAUUCCAGGCCAAGGAUUGCCGUUUCCGAAAGAGCCAUCAAAACGGGGUGAUAUCAUCGUUGACUUUAAUAUUAAAUUUCCCGACAAGUUGACGCAACAAGUGAAGAAUGUUUUAGCGGAGAAGCUUCCCAAUUAACCUGAUUUUAAGCGAAAAAUACUUUUUUAGUGUAAUAAGGAGUAACCUUGUGGAAAUAAAAGUCAAUCCGAGCCGAA